AUGACCCUCACUCGUCUACCCACCGAGCUCCUAGAAAUCAUCAUCACGCAUGUCUUGCCCGAGGGCUUCGAGAGCGUGGCAGUGACCUGCAGGAAAAUCUACGCAUUAUGCAUCCCAUUUAUUCAACGCCACAACGCCCUCCGCUCGCGCUUCCAUCACUUUACCUACCAUGAGAACCCCAACGACCCGUCUCCCACCAUCGCAACAGCGGCCGAUCUGAUCAGACGCAUCGCUGUCGAGCCUGUCGUGGCACGUUACGUUCGAUAUGCAGACUUCAAGCGUGACAGCCCACGCAGCUAUAUUAUACCCCGUGGGUUUGUAGCAGAUGCCGAUUGUCGUGACGAUGUGAUUAGACUCUUUGCGAAUUGCCCUUAUCUGGAGCAGGCUGGUCUCGACUGGAAGGAAUACGUUGACAAGAUCGAAGAGGAGUUCAAUCCUGAUGAACUCCCCCGCUACUCACAACACGCUGCUGCUUUCCUUUUGACACUCCUGCCAAAUGUCGAGAGGCUCAUUCUACCACAGUAUUGGAAGCCGCUCGACGCAACUAAUAAGCUCAUCCAUGCCGUUGUUCACAAAACCAAGCAGGUCCAUUCCCUCUACGACAGGCCUAGCCUAGCCCAGAUCACCAGAUUCGAGCCAUAUGUCUCGUUAGUACCCCAAGAUCGGUUUGAUUUGGGUUUGGCAAGCCCCUUUCUGGCCCUGCCGCGCAUACGGUCUUUCCGCGGCCCCAGCUGCGUAAUCAUGGACGACAAUCACAAAAGCAUCAUACCCAAAGAUCCGCAUUACGGCUUCGGAGAGACCCUUGAAUCUGUUUCACUCGUGGCCUGUUGUGUGGAUGAAGUGGGUAUCGCCGACUUUCUCAAAAACACCAAACGCCUCAAAUCGCUUAGGUACUCACACUCGACAAAGUAUAAUGUUAGCCCUCAGUGCUGGGAUAUCUGCAAGUUUGUAGCGGCAAUUGAGCGUCAGGUGGGGAGUCACCUGGUAGAGCUUUCUGUUUCCAUUGGGAAACCAUUCGGCUCGAUUGCUCCUGGCAAGGCAUCUAUGCGCGGCUUCCCAUGCCUCCGACAGCUCGAAUUCCCUCUCGAAAUUGUGAUGUGUAAUAUUACUGCCGCUGCAUGCCUGGAUUCUACGCCAAAUGACUCUCUCGUCGGAGGCUCAUCGGACCACAAAUUGAACUGUGUUGCGCUGUUCGUUGGCGACCUUGUACCUGCCUCAGUCUCUGUUCUAUCAUUGAUCUCACAUGGGACUGACCAUCAUGACAAGGCUCUCGACGUAAUGUUUCAGGACUUCGCCGCCAGGAAGGAAAUCACAUUGCCUGCUCUCACGGACAUCCAUCUAAUCUGCCCGAAUGGUGCGGACGACGCAUAUAAGGAUCGUGGUACCAGGCUGCUUGUAGAAACCCAGAAGGCGGGCGUGGUUUUACAUUUGGAGCCAUGGGCACACUCAGGCGCUUUGACAUGGGAUGGAGAACUAUGA